AUGACUUAUGGUAAAUGUCAGUUUGAGUCUUUGGCUGAUGCAAUUUUCGAUGCAUUUGGAAGUUACAAGAGUGAAGAAAAAGUUCUGGAUGAAGCAAAAAUAGAUUCUUCAUCAUGUGGAACCCAAAUCAAGGAACCCCCUAUGGGCAGCCUCCUUGCCCCCCACCUGGUGGCUGGGUUCCCCCUUCAGGGGUCUACCCUCCUGGCUACCAACCAUACCCUGGAUACCCAACUCCUGCUCCUCCCCCUCAAGUUUAUUGCCCUCCUCCCCCUCCAUGUCCCCCUCAAUACCCAAUUGUAUAUCCAGCUGGCUGUGGCCCCCAUUGUGGGCCCCAUUGUGGGCAUCAUCACCAUCACCAUCACCAUCACAAACACCAUAAACAUGGAUUUGGAAAGUGGCACUGACAAGGGUGAUCGAUGACAAGAUGGAAUCAAAUGUCAGUUUCUUCCCAUUUGAGAACCUGCCAUCGCAUAUAAUCACUCCUGUUGCAAUGCAUAUAUAUAAUAUUUGUAAUGUACGUGAAUAUGAUUACUUACUUAUUUUAUGUUUGGUGAUUCCCUGUUGCAUUUGUAUUAUACAGAAAGGCCAUAUGGCUAGCAAUAAAGAAACCUCUAAAGUACUAUGUU